UAGUAUGAUACACCAAAUGAUUGAGAGAUUUGAGGGGAAAAACUUUUUGCUCAUCUUUAAAACACAGUACACUCUCGCAUCAUUAUUCAAGAGAUCAAAAAUGGCCGAGAGGGGAAUGAUAUCAAGCCACUGCUUGGUGUUGUCCUUCCCACUCCAAGGCCACAUCAACCCUUUGCUCCAAUUCUGCAAGCGUUUACACCACAAAGGCCUCCAUGUGACCCUCGUCACCGCCAAGUCCAUCCUUAGAACCCUCAACGUGACCGCCGCAUCCGCCGUCGACGCCAUCUCCCUGGACGCCAUCUCCGAUGGCUACGACGAUGGCGAAAAAGAGGAGAGCUUCGACGCCUACUUCGACCGCUUCUGGCGAGUCGGGCCCGUGUCUUUGGCCCAACUAAUUAGAAAGCUCUCGGAGACUGGUCGACCGGUCGACUGCAUAGUUUAUGACUCGUUCAUACCUUGGGCUCUCGACGUGGCAAAGGAGUUUGGGCUUAUCGGAGCUGCUUUCUUCACCCAGUCUUGCGCCGUCGUCAGCAUAUACAACCACGUCCAAGGAGGGUUGCUGAGGGUUCCGGUUUCGGAGUCCGAGGUUUCGAUCCCCGGGUGUCCGCCAUUCCGGCCUUCGGACUUGCCGUCGUUCGUGUAUGAUACCGUGUCGUACCCGGUUAUCACCAAAGUUGCUGUGGAUCAGUUCUCCAAUGUGGAGAAAGCUGAUUGGGUGCUCUGCAACACGUGUUAUGAGCUGGAAGAAGAGGUGGCAAACUGGAUGAUGAAAAUUUUGCCACUAAAGACAAUUGGACCAACAAUACCAUCUAUGUUUUUAGAUAAGCGACUUGAAGGCGACAAACUGUAUGGUUUCAGCCUUUUCCCGUCACAAAGUGAAGCUUGCCUGAAAUGGCUAGACUCACGCCCAAAAGGGUCCGUCGCUUACCUGUCGUUUGGGAGUUUAGCUGUCGUUGAAGCCGAGCAAAUAGAUGAACUCGCUAAUGGUCUUAAGAGAAGCAACUGUCACUUCCUCUGGGUAGUCAGAGCAUCAGAAGCAGAUAAGCUCCCAAAAGGGUUCGUGGACGACACAUCUGGUAAGGGUUUGGUCGUUUCUUGGUGUCCUCAGUUAGAAGUUUUGUCAAACGACGCCGUCGGAUGCUUUGUCACGCACUGUGGUUGGAACUCCACUUUGGAAGCCCUUAGUUUGGGAGUUCCUAUGGUGGUUAUACCGCAAUGGAGUGACCAAUUUACUAACGCAAAAUAUGUUGUGGAUGUUUGGAAAGUUGGACUCAGAGCUCCGACAGACGAGAAAGGGAUUGUUAGAGGAGAAGCCGUGGAACAUUAUGUGAAGGAAAUAAUCGAAGGAGAAAGAGGAAGGGAGAUGAAAAUGAAUGCAAUUAAGUGGAGUGCAUUGGCCAAGAUGGCUGUAAAUGAGGGUGGAAGUUCUGAUAAAAACAUUGAUGAGUUCAUUGCAAAAUUGGGCAACUAAAUUACCUCGAUUUAAUUAGAUUGUGGAUGCACGUUUGCGAAAUAAUAUUGUCUCGCACAUUAUAAAUGAAAAGGGUAGUAUUUGAUUAUAUUAUAUUAUUUAUAUGCAUAUAUAUGUAAGGAUCCAAAACAAGAGUCAUGUGUAUGUGCUAUAUUUGAUCAGACUUUUUUGGAUGUCUUUCGUUUGUGCAGCUUGGUACACCUAAUUUUCCUGGUGUUUUAUUUGAGUUUGA